CCUUAACUCAAAUGAAACUGUUUCAAACUGACAUCACAUUACUUUCACUGUUGAAAAAACACAAUUGCAGAAUAGCUCAUGAAAAAUUGAAAAUUUUCCAUGAUCUGUUGCCACUGAAACUGUGUCAAAUAAGAUCUUUGCAAAUCAUUAAACAAAUUAGUCUGGGUGGUGUAGUUGGUUAUCACGCUAGUCUCACACACUAGAGGUCCCCGGUUCGAACCCGGGCUCAGACAACCUUAAAUUUUUAACCGAUCUGUUCAAUCGAGAAUUGAGAUUCUCUGUUAUUCUUUCCUCUUGUUUUUGUUCUAUUAUUUAUUUGUUUUUACUUUUAAGUUUUAAUCCUACACUUUCUGCAUCUUUCUGUCACCACAACAAUGCAAGCACAACUCUUUUCACUCGCACACUGCACUCUACCUGUGUCCAGAUUCCCAAACAAUGCAACUCCUCCAAAUUUUGCAACUUUUCAACAAUCCCAUCACUCCUCCAAGCUCAGUUUCAAUGUGGGUCUCAAUCAUUUGCUUCAAAAAUCUAAUUUUUUGAGUCAAAGCGUACCUGGUUUGAUGAGUAGCUAUGAUGGUUAUGUGGGUGUAGUAGAAGAAUGUGGUCCCUUUAACGGAGAAAGUGAUGUUGGCGAUUGUGAUGAUGGGUUUUACAUAAGAAGGUGUGUUGAGCUUGCAAGAAAAGCUAUUGGCUUCACAAGCCCCAAUCCAAUGGUGGGGUGUGUUAUUGUGAAGGAUGGGAAAAUUGUUGGUCAAGGGUUCCACCCUAAAGCAGGUCAACCGCAUGCUGAGGUGUUUGCCUUGAGAGAUGCUGGCGAUUUGGCGGAGAAUGCCACGGCUUAUGUGAGUUUAGAACCUUGUAAUCAUUUUGGAAGGACUCCACCUUGCACUGAAGCUUUAAUCAAAGCCAAAGUGAAAAAAGUGGUGGUUGGGAUGGUGGAUCCAAAUCCCCUUGUGGAAUCCAAAGGGUUGGCUAGAUUGAGAGAUGCAGGUAUUGAAGUUGUUGUCGGUGUAGAGGAAGAGUUAUGCAAGAGCCUUAACGAGGCCUUUGUUCAUCGCAUGUUAACCGGAAAACCUCUCCUUACAUUGAGAUAUUCUCUUUCUGUCAAUGGGAAUUUUUCAGACUUACUUGGGGAUGGAGUUACAGAAUGUGGUGGAUACUAUUCACGUUUAUUGCAAGAAUAUGAUGCAGUGAUACUUUCCUCUUCCUUAUUCAGUGGGAACAAAUCAAUACCUGCAUCUCAAGAACCUGGAGCAAAUCAGCCGCUCCGGAUUGUAAUACAUAAGGAUUCUAGUUCUUCAAAUGAAAUUCCACUUGCUGUCAAUGAAGUUACUGAUAAAGUUAUAGUUUUUACUGAUAAUGGAACAGCAACCGCUCUAGAACUGGCCGAAAAAGGAAUUGAAACCGUCAUUUUGGAUCAGAUAAAUCUAGAUGUGAUUCUGGACUAUUGUAAUCGACAAGGGAUGUGCAGUGUUCUGUUAGAUUUGAGGGGAAAUUCCAGUGAGUUUGAAGAGCUUGUUAAGGAGGGAAUUGAAAAGAAAAUUAUUAGUAAAUUUGUGACAGAAAUUUUGCCAAUUUGGAAUAGAGGUAGUGAGACAGAUCCUCUAAUACCGGUAAAAAGCUUGGAUCAAGGAAUCCAAGUGGAAAAUUUAAAGUCCAAGUGUUCAGAUCAAAAUAUGAUAAUUGAAGGACAUUUUAAAUUUUAAGUAAUUGAGAAUUCUGAAUCAACUAUUUUGAUCAAAGUUUGGAUGCCUAUGAACUCUCCCCUAUUUAUUUGUUAUGUAUGAUUUGAUGUGAAUAAUUCAGGUACUUCAUUUGAGUUACUUUCACAUUGUUUCUGUGUAGCGUGUAAAAUAGCCAAUUAUGUAAUUUCAAUGUUUUUUUCAUGAACAAUGAUGAUAGUGAAGAUACAUGGGAAUAAUACCACUAUCAAUGUUAAUGCAUGUACAUAAUUCUGUGCAAUGAA